AUGGAUAAUGAAACAAGUACUCUUGGUUUAUUAGGAGUCGUUCAACGUCUUGAAAUAAUAAUUUUACCAAUACUUAUUAUAUUUGGUAGUAUAUGUAAUGUAAUGACAUUUAUUGUAAUGCGUCGAAGACGUAUGCGUGUAUCAUCAACAUGUUUUUAUAUGGCAGCACUAGCUGUAACCGAUACAUUUGUUUUAUGGACAGGUUGUCUUAAUCAAUGGUUUUAUAUGAUGCAAUUACAAACAUUUGUUGUUAAAUCAAAUAUUACAUGUAAAUUAGUUCCAUUUCUUUUUGUUUUUUUUGCUGAUGCAAGUGUUUGGAUUAUUGUAUGUAUGUCAUUUGAACGAUAUUUUGCUGUUUCAAGACCAUUAAGAGCAUCACAAAUGUGUACUACUCGACGAGCUAAAUGGGUUUUAAUUGUUAUGUUUAUGAUAUUUGCAUUAAUUGAUGGUCAUUUUUUAAUAACAUUGGAAUUAGAAAUAAUUGAUGGUGAAUAUCCUGUAUGUCAUCCAAAAAUUUGGGCAAGACAUUUUGUUGGAAAAAUUUUUAUAUUUAUUGAUGCAUUAAAAUAUUCAGCUAUACCAUUUUGUAUAUUAAUUAUAUUAAGUAUAUUAAUUAUUCAACGAGUUUUUCAUGCAGAAGGUAUAAGUGCACAAUUACAGAAUCUUCGUCAAUUACAUCAUUAUCGACAAUAUUCAUUAGCAUCAACUCCAAGUCUAACAGGUCGUUCAUCAUCAUUAGCUAUUAAUCCAAUGCAUACAAAUUCUACAAGCAAUACACGUGUUGGACGUCGUGUUACAUUUAUGUUACUAUCUGUUAGUAUUGCAUUUUGUAUAUUUUCAGCUCCAAUGUCAUUAAUGCAAAUCGUUCAAAGUAUAUCAAAACCCGGUGUUAAUGAAAUUCCAUUAGCUAUAGGAAAAGCUAUAGCUGAAUUAUGUCAAUAUAUUAAUCAUUCAUGUAAUUUUUUCUUAUAUGCUCUAACAGGAAGAGUAUUUCGUCGAGAAUUUGUUCGACUUUUUUUUCCAACACGUUUCGGUGGUGGUGGUGUUAAUACUGCGAUUGGUGGCGGUGGUGGUGUUGGUGCUGUUCGUAUCGGUCAAAAUGGCCGUCCAAGUUUAUUACCACAUGCAGCGCAUUCAUACAGUCGUCAUGGUUCUAUGUAUUCAAUUGAUAAUCAUCGUCAUAGUUUAUGUCAAACAUCUCGACAUUUAACAACAUAUUAUUUAAAACAAUAUAAUAAUCAAACAACUAGACAACAUAAACAAUCAUAUACAAUAAAAUCACCAUUAUUAUUUGAUAAGAAUGCAUCAAUAUUAAAAAAAAGACCUCAAUAUAAAAAAUCACCAUUACCAAUUAUUGAAAAUGAUGAUAAUAGUCGAUUAUAUUCUUUAUGGAAAAAUAUGAUCGGUCGAAGAAAAGAACGACGACAAACUAGUGAUGGGCCAUUCUUAUUUGUUAAUAUUUUAAAACCAGUUAACAGUAAACCAUCAUCAAUUUAA